AUGGGCAAAGCCGUGGGCGCCGGCCGCUCGGGCUCCACCUUCAGCGCGCACUGGAACGGCCGCGUCGUGGCGGCCAAGGUCGUGGACCUGUCGGCCGCCGCCAAGAGCAAGAGCGGCGGCGACGCGCUGGCCAAGGAGCUGCUGCGCGAGUUCCGCCGCGAGGAGGAGGUGGCCAGCGCGCUGCGCCACCCCAACAUCGUGCAGUUCCUGGGCUCGGCCAGCGCGCCGCCGCGCUACUGCCUCGUGUUCGAGUUCAUGGAGGGCGGCACGCUGGCCGAGGUGCUGCGCCGCAACAGGAAGGCGCCGCUCGACUUCUUCCGGCUGGCCAGCGACAUGGCGCAGGGCAUGAGCUACCUGCACGAGCACUCGGUCAUGCACCGCGACCUCAAGAGCAGCAACGUGCUGCUGGACGCGCAGGGCACGGCCAAGAUCUCCGACUUCGGGCUCAGCUGCGUCAUGGAGCUGGGCCGCUCGGCCGACCUCACGGCCGAGACGGGCACCUACGGCUGGAUGGCGCCCGAAGUCAUCCGUCACGAGCCGUACUCCAGCAAGGCCGACGUGUACAGCUUCGCCGUCGUGCUCUGGGAGCUGCUGGCCAAGGACGUGCCGUUCAAGGGCCAGACGCCCAUGCAGACUGCGAUGGCGGUGGCGGAGCAGCGGAUGCGGCCGGCGUUGCCUCGUCAGACGCCGCCCAAGAUCGCCGAGCUGAUCGAGCACUGCUGGAAUCAGGACCCGACGCGGCGCCCGGACUUCAGCUCCAUCCUCAAGGUGCUGCCCUUCGUCAAGCAGUCGCUGAGCAAGACGGACUUCAAGAACGCGGGGAUACUCUACACCGUGUGA